AAUCUUGCUACACUGCAGCACUCCUGCAAGUAGGUGGUCUGUGUUUGUAAGUUUCAUACGGUGUCUGCGAUAUCAAUGGAAAGAAGAUACGGAUAAUUUUUGCCGUCAGUGACAGUCAUGACAGCUGUUGUGUGAUGAUGGUUUCGAGUUGAAUGUGUUACUUAUUGUAUGUUAACUUUGUGUAUUAUCAUUUAUAAUCUACAGUGUAUGAAUUUGUUAUCACGUGUGCCGAGAAUGAAAUAUUCAGUGAUUUUGUGGUACUGAAGUCGGAUUAUAUGCGUAGUAUUUAACUUGAGAAAGUUACAACAUGUUUACUAUCACUACCAGUUGUUGCAGAGUAAAAUGAAAAGCUCUGAAUGAGGAGUUACUGGGGUGCCCAUGUUGCUGCAGCCGAGCUGGCAUGAUGUCGUUCCUGCCGCAGUUACAGCGGACCAGGCUGUUUCGCACCCACCACCAACAAAACUGGAGGAGCUCCAGCGAAAUCUCAAAUCUGGAUGGACUGUUCAUAUCGCACAGGACGGGAGACUCUACUAUUGCAAUCAUCUAACCCAGACAUCUUCUUGGCUGCCACCAGUCGAGACCUGGGUCGAUGCAAGUGGUGGUUUUCCCUAUGGCUGGGAAGAGGCAAUAGACAGCGAUGGCAAACCGUAUUUUAUCAAUCACCUCAACAAGACCACCACAUAUGAGGAUCCUCGGAAGGACUGGACGGAAGAGCCGCCACAGCCAAGACAGGUGGAACUCACACGACACCCAGAAUUGGGCUUUGGAUUUGUGGCAGGCAGUGAGAAACCUGUCAUUGUGAGGUUUGUAACUGAGGGUGGACCGAGUGUGGACAAAUUGCAGCCAGGAGACCAGAUCCUCGUCAUAAAUGGAGAGGACGUGAAGAAGGCUCCUCGUGAUCAUGUGAUUCAACUAGUGAGAUCGUGCAAGGAAACUGUGAGACUCACAGUUUGUCAGCCUCCUCUUGACAAUUCGGCCCGCAAGUCAGCACUGCUGAGUGCAGCCAAGAAAGCCAAGCUCAAGUCAAAUCCAUCUCGAGUUCGAUUUGCUGAAGGAGUUGUUGUGAAUGGCUCCCCACUUUUUCCCCCAUCAACAUUCUCACUGGGAGAUUCUUCUGUGCCAUUUAUGCCAAAUGUACUGAAAGUAUUCCUUGAGAAUGGACAGACCAAGUCAUUCAAGUAUGACUCGAACACGACAGUCCUUGAUGUGAUGGAGUCCCUGCAACAGAAACUUUGCAUAAAAGCAACGGAACACUUCUCGCUGGUCGUGGAGCAUGUUAAGAGUUUGAGAAGAAACAAACUCACUCUUCUCGAUCCUCAGGAGCCCCUUGCAAGGAUAGCUGCAAGGCCUGGCUCACACAAUUUGCGGUGUCUCUUCAGAGUUGCAUUUGUUCCAAAAGAUGCAUGUGACCUAGCACAAAGGGAUUUGGUAGCAUUUGAGUACCUCUAUAUGCAGUGUUGCAAUGAUGUGGUGCAGGAACGCUAUGCUCCAGAACUAAAGUAUGACAUUGCGCUGAGGUUAGCGGCACUUCACAUACACCAGCAUGCCAUAUCUAACAAUAUGACAAGCAAAGUGACAGUGAAAGCUAUUGAGCGAGAAUUUGGCUUGGAGCGGUUUGUGCCAGUGUCACUAAUGAGCACAAUGAAGAGGAAAGAGUUACGGAAGCUGAUUGGCCACUUCCUGAAGUUAAACCAUAAUUUGUCCCCCACUGGGCAGAAGAGUUUAACAAGCCUGCAGGCCAAGUUAUACUAUCUGAACAUCAUCAGUGAACUGCCGAGCUAUGGCGCCAAAUGCUUCAGCACAAAUAUCACGGAUAGCAACAUGGAGAGAGUUAUUUUAGUGAGUCCUAAGUUUGGUAUCAGCCAGAUUACAGGGCUGCGCAACAGUGUGCCUGUUCCACUGGCAGAUAUAGAACAGAUGAGUCUAGUCACAGUAAUACGUGAGGAUGAACUGUCACGUUUUGUCCGAAUACACCUUCCAACUUCAGAUGAGAAGGUACUGGAGGAGAUUGUGCUUAGCAUGGAGGACCGAGAUGCUGAAGAACUUGUGUUGCUACUGCAGGGCUACUACAGGCUUCUAACUGGAAAGAUUCUGUCUGUAGAGCAAGACCGUGACCUCUCCUGGAUUGACGAUGCAGCGCCACCAUAUCACUCACAGCAUCAAGUGUUGCCUGCCAGAUGGAGCUACACUGGCCGAGAUACUGGCAAGCACCAUGCUACAUUCUCGAUGCCUCCGCCAUAUCAGCCAGUACACCAGGUAAAGACAAAUGGUCAUUUCACUGCAUCCCAUAAAAAAUCAGGCUCAUUGGAUGCCAACAGUAGACCUACUUUUGAAGUGGACAGCAACAUGAACACUAUGUCAGGUCUGCUGAAUGGGAGUGCCAGAGCAAGGGACUACAAUGGCUAUCUGGAUGACAACAGACGUGCAGCAGUUGCCCAGAAACUACUAGAUCUGAGCUCUGCAACUUUUGAUCUUCAGAGUGUUGUCUCGAUGGAGAUUCUUGAAAGUGAUCUGGCUUAUGUUGAAGCCAGAAAUGAAGAGGUCUUGCGGAGAGUUGCAGAAAUGCAGGAGUUGGUGCAAAAUUCUGAACAGUAUCUAACCCAGCAACAACAACAUCAACAUCCAGGUCUGCAACAUCACCAGCAGCUUGGCAAGGAGGAAAGUGACUCUGAGGGCUCCCAUAUAUCGUCGCUAGAUUCAGAUGCACCUGGUCAGCUGAAGCACAGUGACUCAUUACUACUGCUCACGCAGGGGCAGAAGCUGAUAAGUGAAGCAGUGAAUGACGCGGUACGUGGCAUAGAUCUGGGAGAUAAUGAACCAUCUGAAAGUGACACAGAUUCAGUGAGCACUCCUACAAACAGUCCUUCUCACCGACCAGGGAGAGAGCACAGUGGGUCAUACAAUGGCAGCUCUGUCGCAAAGCCCAGUGGUUCCAGCUUUGGACUGCACAGUCCCGACAGCCUGCUGCCAGUUGGGUUCUGCCCCAGUGACCGCAAUAUCCAGGAUUUGCUGAAGAAACUGCAAGAGGACAGUUCACUUCCCUGUGACUUUGCAGAAGGGACUCUAUACUUGGAUCCAGAUAUAAUUGAUCUUACAAUGAUCCCUCCACCCAUCACACCAGAUGAGGAUGGACUGUAUGCCUUGCCUUGCCAGCUGAGUCUUCCUCCAACUCCCUUUGCUGAUCAUUCCCCUUUGGAGAUAGAGAUUCAGCAGACAAGAAUGGAACAGUUAAUCAAUCACAGAAAUGUCAUCAGCAACUGUUGUGUACUGGACCUUGAACAAGAUUCAUUGCUGGAUGAUAUUCUUGGGUUGGAACUAAACAAGACUCCAACUAGUGAUGAACCCCAUUCAUUAGUAAUACCAGGUUUAGAUCUAAAUCUAGACUUUGAAGCAUUCCUAGCAACAGUAACUGUUCCACCACCCACUGAGCAAGCCCCACCAUCAGUAGAACUGACACCAGAGGAGAUUUCUUCAUUUAUUAUUCCACCUCCACCAACUAGUGGCAGCGACGCCUUAAACGGUGAACUCGUCAGUACGCACAUGAACAUCGUAGAGAAUCAUGACAAUAAGAAUAGUACAACACAGAGCUCAUCCAAAGUGAUUGAGUAUCCAACUGUAAAUAGAAAAGGAGGAACCUUUUCGUGCUGUGGAAAAUACCGGGAUAGUCCUGAGAAGAUCACAGCAGAGGAAAUUCAGCCACCACCCAGAAGUGGUUCAGAGAGCUUAAAGCCACCAGCACGACCACCAAAGUCUGCAGAACAUCUUCAGGCUGCAUCUGUGCAUCAGCAGAGCAGUUCCUUAUCUGGAAUUCAACAGGAUUCACAGCCGCCAUUAUUGCCGCCACGAAGUGACUCGAUUCACGCUCAUUCUUGGGUGCCACAGAAGAAGCCACCUCUACCUCCUGUACCGUCUCAGGAUGUUCUUAGGAGGAGUGCUCAGCACAGUUCAAACCUGAAAGGGCUGUCAGAUGGAAACAGUCACAAUAAACCAGCAUCUGGUACCACACUGUUGAGAAAUGGCCACAUAUUCUCUGACUGCUCAACAUCAUCAAAGCACGGCAGAGAUGUUCUGUGUUCCAAAUCAGAUGCGACCAUGGUCGGUCUUCUGGAGCGCCUUGACCAGGUUGUGGCACAGUGCUCCAGAGCUCAGGCAGCUGGAGGAGGUGCGCAAAUGGAUGAAACUCGUUUCCAAGCAGCAAAGGAAGCUUUGACGAAUGAAGCACGGCAGCUGGUCACUGCUUCCAAGGUGUUUGUGAAAGGUGCAACAGAUGCACCUUCAAGGCAGGAGUUGCCUAGCAACCUUGCCAGUUGCCUCCAGCUCCUUCACAGGUUGACAGAGCUUGUUACAGACAUGACAGCUCACACAACAGCGCCACUUCAGACCCGCAACUUGGUGCUCAAAGUGCGGGAUGUUGCCUGUGCGUUUAGAGAGACACUUGCCCCUGCUUUGGACUCAAAUGGACAGGAAGGCAUGCUGCUGCAGAGAGCCGAUGACCUCGCUAGUGUUCUCGCCACUUUACUGAGAAGCCUUAGGGUUUUCUCACCCUGAUGGAACUGCCAGUAGUAAUAGUUUGAACUUAGGUUUCUAGUGAGUAUUGAUAUGCCACAUUAACCAGUUUAAUGUAAUAAUAAGUGAUGGAGCUCAAUUCUGCACAAAAUAUGGAAAUGAUCAUUUACAAUAAUUAUCGUCACAAGUACAAAGCAUAACAUGAAGGUAAGUGUAUAAGUAGUUUUUUUUUUGUCAUUACAUUUUCUAUUUUUUAAAUAGUUUAUUUAUUUACACUGCCAUCCUUUUAUAAAAAUAUUUUAACCAUUAAAUUAUAACAUAAUUUUUUCAUGAACCAUGGAGAAGGAUAUUGACAGAGUUUGCUGCAUGUAUUUUGAAACAUGCACACGUAAAAUGUUGAUUGUAUGAUUUUUCAGAUUUAUUUUUUUCUGGGUGGAAUUUGUUUUCCUAGUCAUUAGUUACACUUAUUGUAUGUUUUAUGUAGUCUUGAUGUACCGUGUGGUCAUAUGACAGAUGCAGGUGACAUGAAACUUGACGGUGUUCCUCGCUGUUUAUACUACCAGCUUGUUACCAUGGUAUGUGAGUACUAAUGUUACAUUCAGCAAGAUGCUUGUCUGCAAUAUUUUUUCUCUCCACAACAAUUACUGAUUAUAUAGCUGUUAAAAAUAUUUAUCAGAACAGUGACAUCUCUCAGCAUUACUGCAUCAUCAUCAGGAAAUUUACCAUGCACAACACAAAUACUGUAUUGUAUGUGAUAAAGAGCAACAUGUAGCUUUUCACACAGUAAUUUUAAAUCUGUGAAGUUAGUAAUUAUUGUGUAGACAGAAAAUCAGUACACUUAAUAUUUUUAAUUUCUGGUUUAACCUUUUACCACAUUAUAUCCUGACACUAUAAUAUUCAUCUUACACAAUGUUUUACCUUGUUGAGAGCUGCAGGGGACAGUUAAUUUCACCAUGUUCUGCUGUGUUAGAUACUGUAAACCAAAGGGUACACAUAACCUACAAAAGACCAAUAAUUCACCAUUAUGAAGUGCUGUUUGGCUUUUCAUUGUACCCACAAGCCAUGUAUUAGGACACAACAGGUUUUUAACUAAAGCAAAGAAUUUUUUAAGCAUGGCUGUUCAGAGUUCUGAUGCCAUCGUGAAAGUGUUUGGUAACAAGGCAAAGAAAUAUGAUACAUGAAGAUUGGCAGCUUUAGGAAAUAUGUAGCUUGUAUGAUAAAUCUUUGAUUAAAUUGUAUCUUUAGGUAUUUGAUAUUGUUCCCCUAAUCUAAUAUCCAUUUGUUUACCUGUGAAAGAGAGUAGUAGAUAUAUAGGUAACCCUCGAUUUGUGCCAGUUCAAUUUGCGCCGAUUCAGAAUAACGCCGAUUUUGAAACCAGCAAAUCAAAAAGUGGAAAAAAUAUGUUUUAUUAUUAUUUAUAACGUUUUGCAAUGUUUCUCGUACUGAUUCUUAUACUAAAUCGUAAUUCUUAUACAGUUUCUCCAGCUUCUAGUUAUGUCCUCUCACUUAGGUUCAAAUAUUCUCCCAGGAAUGUGUUAUCCCAACAUCCUCAAUUUGAGUUCUUUCUUUAGGAAGACAAGCCAAAUCCAAAGUCCAUACAAAACAAGAUGCCACUGAACUGAUUCUGCUGAGAUCUGUACAGGAUAAUAAAAUCAAGGAUGAUGAAUUGGGUGGAAUAUGUAGCAUAUUUGGGCGAGAUAAUAAAUAUAUACAAAACUUUUUUUUAAAUCCUAAAGUGAAUAAACCACAUGGGUGACUUACGUGUAGAUAGGAGGAUAAUAUUAAAAUGGAUAGGAUAUGAAGGUAUAAACUGAAGUCAUCUGGCUCAGGAUAGAUUCCAAUAGCAGGUUAUUGUGAGCACAUGUUUUGGAUUCCGUAAAGGUGGGGAAUAUCUUAAUUGGCUUAGAGGCUGUUAACGUCUCAAGAAGGAUUCUUCUCCAUGGAGUUACAUACCUAAUUCCAGUAGUCAACUCGAUGACAAAAAUCAUCUUACCAUUCAGCACAUGUCAACUGGAAUGCUAGAUGUUUCUUCCAAUAGAGUAAAUGUGUCAGCAGCAUUGGGUCAGGUUUUAUUCCACCUGCAGUGUGUUUGUAUGUUCUCAAUUGUAUGCACUCAUGCAUGUAAAGCGGCCCAUCCACGUACGAGUCUGGCUUGCGAGUCCGGCUCAGCUCGGGUUCCAUUGAGCCCAACUCAUUUGUGGGUGGGGUGACACGAGCCGAGUGUGCUAUGCAUGUGUGGUGAAAUAUAUACGAGCCCAGCUCACGAGUCAAGCUCGCCGAGCCAGACUCGUACGUGGAUGGGCUGCUUAACAGUCCAAAGAAGUAAUGUACAGAUUCUGCUAUACCCUUAUUCUCAUUACUGUUUCUGUGAAAGGAAUCUGGUACCUGUGAUGCAAAUUUGUUUGUUGACUUGAAGAGUUUACUGAGUGAUUGUUGAGAUUAACAGUAGAUAUUUGCCAUAUAGAUAGUUAUAUUGAUAAUAAUUAUAAGGAGAUAAUAUAAGAUUUGGUGACAGCUGAGAACCAUGUGAUAUAUUAUUUAUAGAGCUGGUAUGGUUCUCAUAGUUUCUAUUCAUGUUGUAGAACUGAUGUAAUAUAUCUUUCAACUCGAACUCUGUACAGGGAUUGUAAGCUACUUCCACAUAUAUUUACUUUGGUGUUUCACUAAUGCUUUAGAUUACUUCUUCACUUUAUCUGUGUGUUGUUCCACACAUUAAAAUCCUUCUUAUAUUUCUAUUGCAUUCUGCUGCUUAACAUGUUGACCUGAAGUAAGGUGGAGCUCUAAUGAAAGCCAAGUUAUAUUGGUCUGCCCAGUAAUGGUCUUGAAUCAAGAGCUGGAAUUUCAGUGCACAGCAGAUAAAAACCUGUGAGUUGUGAGUAUUAAAUACCAAUGGGAUAAUAAUUUUAUUUGCUAAUUAAAUCUAUGUAACACUGAACAUUUUGUUGUGAACGGAUGUUAACAUUGCACGUGACAUCCGUGCUUCAGGACCACUCCUUGUCAGCUGUCUGUGACUACUUAUGCAAUAUAUUCCAGCUACUCUCUGCACUAGAAGCAGUCUCCCCCCAUCUUUGAACUGAGAAUACAUCCUACUGAAAUCGAGGAGGCUGAGAUGGGCUGAGUGUGGAAAAAACAAGGGAUACAUUCAAAAUUUUGGUGGAGAAACCUCUCUGAGAAUGCUAUCUUGGAAGACAGAGGGAGAAGGGAAGAUAACAUUAGGAUGGAUGUUAGGGAGAUUGGGUUUUGAGGAUCAGAGAUGGAUGGAUCUCUGAGGAUUGUGUCCAUGGUGGGCUUUGGUAUUAGCAGUAUUGAACCUUUGGUUUCUGGUAACUCAUUACAUUAAAUAUCUAAACUCAAUCCUUGGUUUCUACAUCUGAAUCAGUGGAUUGUAGAAUUUGAAAAACCAGUCACCAUGAUGUCAAUAAACUUUGUCUUAAUAAUUCUUCAUACUUUGCUUGAAGGUGAAGAAACAUUUCUGAGUUACUAGAUUAGUAUGCAACAUAAGCAUAAGCAAGUGAAAAAUUACUGUAAUUAUAUUUGUAUAACAUCAUAUCAUAGUUAUAAGUUAUUGUGAAUUGUGUCAUAACGCCUUAACCCAUUUAAUUGCAAUCACUGAUAAUAAAUAAUUCAUUAUUUGCAAAUAACA